AUGGCAACCGUGUUAUAUAUGACGGCUGGGAAACGAGAACUAAAGGAUGUCUUACUAUAUACCAAUAUCCGCGAUAAUUAUUGGCUACAUGGUACAUAUAGAUUGCCAAAGUAUCAAUAUUUGUGCGAAUCCUGAGAAUGGACAGAGCUGUACCUUAACAUGCAAUACUACAGAUUUUAGCCAAACUGUACAAUUUCUACUGGGAGGAGCAGUACAAGGGAGCUGUACAGUGUUUGGGUCAGUUUCAUCAUGUGGUUCUGGUUUAAGCCAGUCAGGAACAAUCACAACUUACACAAUUGCAGCAUUGUCCAGAGGAACACAUGAAGGAGACUGGUCUUGUAAGUUUGGGACAGCGACUUCAUCACCUGUGCCAUUAGUUGUUAACACUGUUCCAAGUGUAGUAAACAUCAUACAAACAAUACCUGAAGUGAAUUCAACAGAGCCAACUGAUAAAGUGAAAGUAUCAGCAGAAUGCUAUUGCAUAUAUCCAUUUACAUCAGUUAUUGAUGUUUUUAACAGCGAAGGGGUAUCAGGGACUUCAAAACAAAUUGCGACUGUUGAUUCAGGUAGCAUAAUUUCAAAUGUAAACAUUGGACCUCCGUGUCUGUCAGAUGAGUAUAAGAUAGAGAUAUCAAAUUUCACAGUGGAGCCUGAUAUUAGUGGAAGCAACGUGUACAUAGAAAUCCAAUUUGGCAGCUACAAGACAGCAAAGUAUGGACCCUUGAAUAUUGCAGGUCCCACAACAACCCCUAUUAUGGAAUCCUCAACAACAGUAAUGAGUAGUACCACCACUGAACGUUCAGGUUUGAGUGAGGAGUUGAGAAACAUUGUCAUCAUUGUGUCUUCAGUAGGGGGGACUGUGUUAAUUGUAGUGGUUAUUAUUCUCAUUGUGUGCUGCAAGAGAAGAGCAAAUGGCAAGAAAUCUGGGGGAAAACAUCUGAAGAAACAGGAAUUCAAAUCUGACGUAAAUUACAACCUCCAUAAUGCAACGAAUACUCAAUCAAAACAGGCUCCGGUGCAGUACAACUACAAGAAAAAUGAAAAGGCGAAUAAUGAAAUGUACAACUUAAAUCCGCAUGGUUACGUUUAUCCUAAUCAUCCGGGCUAUGAUUACAUAUACACUAAUGAUCGUGGAUAUGGUGGAAGAAAAGUCCCAUACCAUGAUGGAAGACACAAUCUGCACUAUGAUCCUUACAGAAGAAAUAAUUACCCCAGAGAAAUGCCACAUUCAGUGCCCUAUUCUGGAUACAGAUCUCCUGUGCAGUAUAAUUCCAGAUAUGGAUCCCCUGUGCAGUAUAAUAAUAUGUUGGGACACGAGGGACGCCAGUACAGGAGACAGCAGACACACCGCGGACAUGCUGAUAGAGUUGACCCAUCUGACCAGAGUGGAUACACCAGGCGGCAGUAUGACAACAACUGGGACACCUUGUUUUGAAAACAUUGAAGCUGGCUUUCUAUUGAAUUCUGUUUUACUGUCUGCAAUAGCUUUAUACUAAACUCAAAUGAUAGAGAUGUAUAAUGUAUGUAAUACUACAUGUAUAAUGUAUUGAUAAUACUCAAUAUAUAAUCUCCAAAUCUCUUUUAAGCAUAAUAAUGAGUGUAAUUUUAUGUUGGUAACAAAAUGCUUGUAUUUUGCAAACAGCCCACUGUAAUUAUUAGAUGUUGGCUAUUUAUUAAUAUUAUCAAACUCAUUUUAUAAUUCAUAUCUAUCGAACAAUGAUGGGUAACCUACAUUGUGCGAAAUUCUCCUUCACAAAUUAAUCUAUGAAAAUUCGACUAAAAUAUAAUUUGAUAUAUCAAACCAUGGGGAAAAACAGUGACAUGAAUUUUGAGACCAAUAAACUCUGAAUAACUGGGCCUAUAUAUAUUCUGCAAAUCAUAAUACUGUAGAUUUUCAUUCUGACAAAACACUCAAAAGGUGCCUAGAAAAAUGAGACACAAUCAAACACUCUGUACUCAAAUAAUUUCAUUGGCUGAAAUUAUCUACCCAUGACUAACAUGCAUCACAUGACUAAAAACCCAUUUAUACAAUAUUUUUCCACUAUACUUUGAAAUGCAGAACAAAUCACUUUCUGUACACCAAAUCAUAAGCAAAUCACUCCUUUCAAAUUGUAAACAAAUCUUUGUAACAAAUCACCAUCAAAUCACUUUUCUUUGAAUUUGAGAGUCUUCCUGGAACUGUGAAAAGUGGGAGAUUUUUCUCUAUACACUGUAACUAUAGUAUAUAUAUAGUAUGAGAUACGUGCAGCCUGAAUAUUUCUAAGCAUUUGUAGAAAUAUAUCUUCAGAUUUCUAAGAAAUAUUCAGCAUCUUUUAAAGGAACUUUAAUAAAUUAAACUACAUAUGUUACAUUGACAUGCUCAAUUUAGACUAUAAUUAAGGUAUUAUUAAUUGUUGUUAAUUUCACAUUGACCUCCUAAACAACAUUACUUUUGAGUAAAAACUCACAGCAACUCAAAGAUUCACAUAGCAUCACUUGAAAUAUGUACAGAAAUCCUACGCAUAAGAUAUUAUAAUAUGUUCUUCUCUGAAAUCCAUGCAUCAACCAUUCUUCUGGCGCUAUAUCAUUCAAAUUCAAAGUCAACUUACUUCCUGUGAUCAGAAAUUACGGUUUUCAUAUUGGUCAUUUUUAGAGGGAGACCCAUCAGAAACGAAUCAUUUCCAAAUCAUUGUGAACAUUUUCAGAUCUAAGAUUAACAAAUUGCUUUCAUAUCACUCUGCAACUUUGCAAAGUUCAACAAAUUACUAUAAAAUUGCAAACAAAUCAUUUACAACUUGCCCUUUCUAACAAAUUGUAAACAACAGCAUCCUUACAGUUCUGCUAGAAACUGAUUUGUUAAGUGAUUUGAUUGACGAAUUGCUUACAAAUCACUAAAAUAAAUUACUUAAAAGUGAUUUGGUUGUGAUUUGUAAGCAAUAUGAAAGUGAGUAGAUAUGAAAAAUUCUUACUUGGGAAAGCUUCUGUGGUGCAACUGCAUAAAUAGUUAAACAUGCAUUUUGUUAAAUAUUAGCGAUAUCAUGAAGAGUGCCACACUGCCAACUGCGAUCCUAUUGCUUCUAUCAAAACAAAACAAAAAAACAACAUACCCUGAUGGUGAAAUAGCUCCAACUAUAACAAAAACUUGAGCGUCUGAACACUUCAAACCCACUGGACGAUAUGAAAAAAUCCAACCCUGGUCUAAAGUCACAUGACUAUAAACCGCGCCAAAUGCUCACCAAACUUUUGGCGGGAAAAUACUAAUUGUAUCAAAUUGGAAAUUAAAUACAAUCAAAGCUGCUUGCCAUUGUUAUGGCAUAUGUUUUUAAUAGAACUCUGUUAUAUUAUCUUGUCAAUUGCAGAUUCAAUUCAUUUCAAUCAUAAAAGUCAUUUACAAAAUUUUCACACUAGCUGCUACACUGCAAAAUGCAAGUACUUUACAUUGAUGAUUGUUUCUAUAGAUAUGUAGAACUCAUCUUGAUUUAGAUACUGACUUGUAUUUGUACAUGAAUGACCAGACUGUAUAUUUCUAGUAGCAGCUGUAAUGUUUUAUAAACUCACAUAUAUGGUGUAUAUAUAUAUAUAUAUAUAUAUAUAUAUAUAUAUAUAUUGAUACACAUGCACAAUAAUUGAUGAUUCAGAUGUUGCUUUGACCUAUAUUUUUCCAAUGAGUGACCUGGGGUUAAAUUUUCUAUGGAUGAUCCAUGCAAUUGCAUCCAUAACUCUUUUUUUUUUUAAUGUAAACUUGCAUGGAUGAUCCACAGAGAAAAUGAAUGAAAUUUCUUACACCGAGUUAUGAUGCCCUGAGUUUGUAUAGAGAAUAGAAAUCUAAGGAUAUCGGGAUUUUCCAUUAAUUAAGUGUCCAGCUCAGGUGAGCUAGAGACUGAAUUGGUGAUGGUGUAAUUUACUACACCAUACUAUAGAUAAGUUAAAUGAAACUUUUUUCCCUUAUUGGUAAAUUGUUGAAUCUGCACUUCAUGUAUUUGCUGAAAAUUAGGAAUAUGUGAAGAGAAUAAAAUUGUUAAAAUGCAUAUCAUCAAAAAGAAUCUCAACAUAUCUAAACUAAAUACGUACAGGUUGUGAAUCACUAAGCAAUUUUACAGGUUUUGAAACAUUGCACAAUGAGGGGUCAUACGUCUAGAAUUCAUAAGGUAGCAAAGACAAUCAAGUGUUGUGAUGUUUUGGUUUUUUGUGAUUAAACUAACCAAACGUCCAGGAUGUGACUAUACAGUUUUACAUAUAAACAUUAUAAUGGAAAAUAAUGACACAUCCUGACCCCUUAUUAUUAUGGGUAAUUCUAUGAAUUGUAUUCAGCAGUUGUGAGACAUACAAACUGAUAUUUAACUAACUUUCUAGCAUCUGAUCUGAUUUUAACAUCUCUAGAAGUAAAUGAUCUUCUCUGCAGGUGUAAGGAUAGUGGUUCCAUAUAUGUGUAAAUGUUACUUUUGUGGGGUAUAGGAAUUCCAGUAUUGAGGUAAUUGAUUGACUGGGACAAAAUAUACUUCUUCUUUCGAAUGUCUCUUUUGUUUAUCAUUGCUGCUACAUUUGGGAGUGAUCUAAGUAGGAUAUAGGCAAGUACCAGUGAUUAUAAUUUGUGACAUUUAGAUCUGGCAAACUAACUCUCAUUAAGAAGUAGAUGUGAUUGAGACCGGUGACUUCAGGUUUUCGAGAGCCUUUUGUUGAUACAAUGUAUUUCAUAUUCGUGUAUUACAUCGUAUCAUAAUUCUGAUUAGUUGUUCCCUUUAUUUCCAGAGUCCACCACUGCUAUACCCUCCACUACCACACCCACUAACAUCACAACUACAGGCCCCCCCAAAACAGAAAAUAUUAUCAUCGGCGUGGUCAUAGCUGUCAUUGUGCUGAUUAUUGUUAUAAUUAUAGUUAUUGUGGUGAUAAAGCGCAGAAAGGGGGGGAAAAAGGUGAAAAUGGAGAACUCUGAAAAUACGCCUAAAAAAGAAUUGAAAGUAGAGGAGACUGAACAAACAGGAGAAAGUAAAUCUGAUUUUCCGAUGUCAGAUGAUAUGAAAGAAAACUCUGAAAAUAUGCCUUAAAAAAGAAUUGAAAGUAGAGGAGACUGAACAGAAAGGAUAUAGUAAAUAUAAAAAUCUGCCUAAAACUGAAUAAAUGUUUUGAUGGAUAUGAAUCAAUGUUAAUGUUCUGUUAUGAUUUUUAUGUUAAUUCCUUCGCCAUAUUUACUUAGUGUGUGUAGUCAAAGAGGAUAUAUGCAGUUGGUUUUCUUGGAAUCUGAGACCUGUGUCAUAAAAUUACUGGCAUCUUCCAAUUAUCAGAUAUAUGGCAUGGAUUUGUGUUCAAAAUUUGUGUUUUUAAUUUGUUAUUUUAUCAUUUUCAUAUAUAUAUCCACAUAGUAACAAGUGAUCAAAUACAUUUUGGAAAAAAAAAAAAUUUGUAAAAAUGUUGUGAACAAUUUUGUGUAGAAGAUAUUGCUUCAUACAAAAUGUAUGCAAUCUACAAGUGUGAAAAUACUGGUAGGCUGCAAGAAUGGUUGUAGUGAAAGAAUACAGAUUGUAUAGAAUUUUAUACUGGUGACGAAGUGAUAGGGCAACGGUAGCUAAACUUGCUCUCUGUCUAACUUCGUCUAAAGUAUUAAUGGUCAUUUACUGUGUAUUAUAGCCCUGUGGCUCAAAGGUAAUCAGAGUCUGUUUAUGCAUAAAACACAAAAUUAUUCUACUGUCUAUCAGGUUGUUUUGAAAAUUUGACUCUUAAUUGGCAAAUGAAGAAAAAUUCGACAAAAGUUAAAAUGCUAGCAUUUCCACUUCUAGGCAAUUGCACAUUGUGCAACAUAAAAGUCUUAGAACAAAAUUUACUCGAUAAUUGGUAUUUGUAUGGUAGAUUUACAUGUAUCAACCAUUCUAAAAUGUUGAAUUAUAUGUACUUAGAAAGCAAUAUGGGAUAUGAUAAACGAAGCAAAUGCCUAUAGUACCCAAGAAAAGAAAAUUGUAAAAAGUAUAGCAUUAUCAGAUUGUUCAAGUAUUUGCCAUGCUUGGAAAUUGCUCAUUUAGGAAUUCUAUUCGUUAUUCUUGGCUAAAAUCCAGUUUGUCAAGACUGCAUGCGAAGUGCAUGAGUAAAACGCUUUGUAAAUAUAAAAAUUAGAAUGUUACUCUACCCAACCUCGUUAUUUUUUCUGUUUUGAAAUGAUAAUCUUGCCAUUACUUUUGUUUGUACAGAAAUAUUUAAUGACAGGGACGUUGGUGAUAUAAUUGUAAAUGAUUGUAUGCAGAUUUUCAUUGACUGCAACAGAAAUUUUGGUGAAAUUUGUAACCAAUAACUAUCAGAUGAGAGAACAGUGAUGAACAUUUAAGCAGAUUAUAGAAAGUGUUUCAAACGGCAUCCAAGGAGAACAUGGUGGGCGGUAAAUCUAGUACUGCCGACUCCCGAUGGUCCCGGAUUGCGAUGUUUUGUCGGGAGUCGGCAGUACUAGAUUUACUGCCCACCGGAGAACAUAUCUAACGAAUACUGCAACUUUUUUCUCAUUUAACAUGCAGAGACACUGGGAGUUCAACAUUGCUGUCUGUGUCCAUUAUCGUGUGUAAAGUCCAUCAUGCAUCAUAAAGUUUUAAAAUUUCAACUUCAUCUUAGAUAUUACUGAACCAAAUCUCCAAAGUUGAUUUGAAUUUUAAGGAUUUAAGGAAAUAGUAAGCUUCAAUUUCAUUUCUUGGUGCCAUAGGGGAGAGUCAAAAUUGAUGCAAUCUUUAAUGUUUUCUUUACUUCUGAACAUGUAGCAAAUAAAGUGUAGUUUCAUAAGUAAUUCAACACAGUGUUACUUUUGCUAUUUAAUUUUUUUUAAUCUGCAAAAAAAAACCCACCUCAAAAUCUUCUCAAGAUACAGUUGUUGGGGGGGGGGGGUAGUGUGAUUUAAUGUUUUGCAUGAGGAAAAUAUAAAUGUUUCAGUGGGCAAUGUACGUGACUCAUGGCCUCCUCUUUUUUUAAGCAUAUACCGAUAAUUAUUAUCAAUGCAGUAAAUGAGUCCUAAUGGUGCCUUAAUUAUUCAGAAGUUAACAUUUGUGCUGUGAGAAAAUUAUCAAAAGCAUUUGAUUAUAUACUGGUACUGUCAUAAUCCUAAUUAGUUCAAUAUUCAUUAUUUGAUAUCUUAAUUUGCUUAAUGUUUAAUUCAUAUUUUGAUUAUGUGAAUGUACAACGGUGAUGUCUAUAUAUACAAGUGUAAUAUUACAUAUCAUGUGUGUUAGCUUUCUUUUUACAUGAUUAUUCCAGUUUGAUUUAAUAUGAAUAAAAUGUUGUUAUCAUUAAAACA